CCCACAUUUGUGAAUGAGACGGCAAGAGUUACUUUUUUUCCCCAAUAUCACCCCCAGUGUCUCCCCCUCCCCCUCUCUUUCUUGAUUGUGGGGUCAAAGUUGAUCCUUUCUUCUGUGAUAUGUAGCGGCGGCCUUGAUUGUCACGAUCCUACCCCCUUCCACUCUCAGAUCGUCAAAGUUUCUCUGAAUAUCCGAACUUGGAACAUAACGGUUAAAUCAUGUUUCUUCUGGAUUGGUUCUACGGCGUUCUUGCCUCCCUUGGUCUCUGGCAGAAAGAGGCUAAGAUCUUGUUUCUCGGCCUCGAUAAUGCCGGUAAAACCACCUUGCUUCACAUGUUGAAAGACGAGAGAUUGGUUCAACAUCAGCCAACUCAGUAUCCCACAUCUGAAGAGCUUAGUAUUGGGAAAAUUAAGUUCAAAGCAUUUGAUUUGGGAGGUCAUCAGAUUGCUCGCAGAGUCUGGAAAGAUUACUAUGCUAAGGUGGAUGCUGUGGUUUACCUGGUAGAUGCCUAUGAUAAAGAAAGGUUUGCAGAAUCAAAGAAGGAACUGGAUGCACUCCUUUCAGAUGAGGCCCUUGCAAAUGUCCCAUUUCUUAUCCUAGGAAACAAGAUUGAUAUACCAUAUGCUGCCUCAGAGGAUGAGUUACGAUACCAUCUUGGGCUCACAAACUUUACCACUGGCAAGGGGAAGGUAAACCUAGCAGACUCAAAUGUCCGUCCACUAGAGGUAUUUAUGUGCAGCAUUGUCCGCAAAAUGGGAUAUGGUGAUGGCUUCAAGUGGAUGUCUCAAUAUAUCAAGUAGGGUAACUAUCAGAAAGAUGCAUUCCGAAGAUGCUACAGGCUCCUAAACCCCAACUCCAUCUCAUCACGCCCCAACUUCGGGAAAAAAAAAAUGUAUUCAUCAAACUGUUUGAUCUAAGCCCCUAAGUGUUUUAAAUUGGAUGUAUUUGGUUUUGGAUGUGUGUGGAAGGAGGUGCUAAUGUCACUACACUGUAAAAUGUACUUGUGGCAUCAAGUCCCUGGUAUUGUAGUUUUGUGAAUUAAGCUUUCUAUAUUACAAUAACGAUUUGGUUUUAGCAAGAAAGUACUGUUACAGUUA